UUUGAUGUAUUACUAGUCCUAUGGGUAAUAUCCCUGUAGAUACCACUGAAGACAUGCUGACUCUUUUAUUGAGAGAGUUUGGAUCAAUUGUUGACUUUAGAUUUUUUAAUGAAAGUUCUGCUAACCAAAUAGCAUAUGCCUUUUGUGAAUAUGAAAACCCAGAAAUGGCUUUAAGAGCCAUUCAUGCAUUGAAUGACUUUGUUUUUAGAGGCCAACUGAUAAAAGUUGAUUCUGCUGCAAGUGGUAAAAGUAAAGAAGAGCUAGAAAAUUUUCUUCAAGGUGGACUUAGCAUAUCAAAAAUGGAUACUGAAAAUAUAGCACUUGAUGCUACAACUGAAAAAGCUCCUGAAGAAAUAUCAAAAGCUGUGGCAAGUCUACCGCCAGAGCAAAUGUUUGAAUUAAUGAAACAAAUGAAAAUGUGCAUCGAAAACAAUCCUCAUGAAGCUCGAAAUUUACUUCUUCAGAAUCCCCAACUCGCAUAUGCUUUGCUUCAAGCUCAAGUGAUAAUGCACAUAGUUGACCCUGAAGUUGCUCUUAAAAUACUUGACAGGCCAUUAGUAGUUCCAACUGCUGCGAAUAAUGCACCAGCUUCAGAAGCAGCUGCUGUUCCCGGAGAUGCACCUCCCACUAAUGCAAUGGAAACAAAUACAGCUUUCUUCCCUGGAGGAAUACCUGUGCAGUCUAAUCCUCCUGCUGUAAAUCAAACACCUGCAUUAGUACCUCCCAGUAUGCUAUCUAAUAUGAUGGCUAAAGGUUUUUCUAUGAACAUUGAUCAAGAUAUGAGACAACCAAUGAGAGAUUCUGAUAUGAGAAACUUGCCUAUCCCAGAAGGUAAUAACCAUUUAUUCGAUCCAAGAUUUCGUGCGGGUAUUGAUCCUAGAAUGCUGCAAGGACCUAAUUCUAAAAUGCAAGAUCCAAGGAUUAUGCCUGUACUUGAUCCUAGAGGAAUAUCUGGCCCUGACCCACGAGGAAUGCCUGGUAUGGAUCCUAGAAGUCUUUCAAACUUAGAUCCAAGAGCAAUCACAGGUCCUGAUUCAAGGGGAAUAUCUGUUCCUGAUCCUAGAGGAUUGCCUGUUCCAGAUCCUAGGGGAAUUUCUGCUUCCAACCCAAGAGGUAUGCUUUUUCCAGAUCCUAGAGGAGUACCAGUUUCUGAUCCAAGAGCAAUGCCUAAUUCAGAUCCUAGAGGAAUACCAGUUUCUGAUCCAAGAGGGAUGCCCAUUUCAGAUCCAAGAGGAAUGCCCAUUUCAGAUCCUAGAGCAAUGUCCAUUUCUGAUCCUAGAGCAAUGUCUGGUACCGAUCCUCGCACUAUGAUUAGUCAUGAUCCUAGAACAGUGCCAAAUUCUGAUCCCAGAGCUGCAGCAAAUCCUGAUCCUAGAAUUUUGCAAAAUCUAGAUCCUAGAUCCUUAAACUCCUCCGAUCCCAGAGCAAUGCGUGGCCAGUUGCCAGACCCAAGAGUAGGACCAGUGAUUGAUCCAAGAAUCUCCUCUGCUCAAAAUCCUAAAGCUGGUGCAAUGGAAGGAAGAUCAGAUCCCAGGAUGAUGAGUGGAGUAGCAGACCCCAGAAUGUUGCAAGGAGAUCCUCGUGGACUUUCUAAUUCGGAUCCUAGAGCUCGACAGGGCUCUGAUCCGAGAGUUAAGCCUGCUCCAAUUGAAGAUCCUCGUAAACCACCAAUAUUAGAUGGUGCUUCAGCAUCUGCUUCUAGAUUACCUGCAGGUCCUAGAGUACCUAUUAUUAAAAGUGAACCUGGAACUACUGUUGCUCCUUCAAAUGCACCUGAUAUUCUUCCUGGAAUGUUUCCAACAUCAAUGCCUCAAGAUAAAGAGAAGGCUGCCCUAAUUAUGCAAGUUCUUCAACUUUCUGAUGAACAAAUUUCGAUGCUGCCUCCUGACCAGAGGCAAAGUAUUUUAAUAUUAAAAGAGCAGAUUUCUCGAAGCCAACUUGCCUGAGAAGAAACUUAAAUGCUAACUUUAUGUAAAUAAACCUGUGCUUAUAUGUUAUUUUGAAUUUACUUUUAAUUUUUUUGGAACAAUAAAAUUGCAUAUGUAAGUUUCGUUUUUAA